AUGGCGCUCGACAACAAGACCACUGACAUUGAGCAUAUUACCUCCAGCUUGCCUAGCCUUGGGGCGAGCUGCAAUAGCUCCCAGGAUGACGAACGAGAUGUUGAAAAGGCACUGUCAACGCUUGAGGAGAAAGGUGGCACAACCACCACAGUGGAGACUACGACAGACGAUUCAAAUGUGGUUGACUGGGAUGGGCCCAAUGAUCCAGAGAACCCAUUGAAUUGGCCUGCACGGAGAAAGUGGACAAACGUUGCGCUGCUGUCUUUUAUCACCCUUUUGACACCUUUUGGUUCGUCGAUGUUUGCACCGGCUGUACCUCAAGUGAUGAAAGACUUCCACUCCAACAGUGAAGACCUGGCAUCGUUCUCGGUAUCUGUCUAUGUUCUUGGGUAUGCCUUUGGUCCGCUCGUUAUAGCUCCGAUGAGCGAGUUGUACGGGCGACUGCCAGUCUACCAUACCAACACAUUUCUCUUCAUGGUCUUCACUUUCGCCUGUGGCAAGUCGACAAACUUGUCGAUGCUGAUUGUCUUCCGUUUUAUGGCUGGUCUUGUGGGUUGUUGUCCCUUGACCGUCGGAUCUGGCUCCAUAGCAGAUACCUUCAGGCAAGACCAGCGCGGGAAGGUGAUGAGUAUCUGGACCUUUCCGAUCCUGUUUGGACCGAGUUUGGGUCCCAUCGUGGGAUCAUAUCUCUCUGAAGCGGCUGGAUGGCAGUGGGAUUUCUAUCUUCUCACGAUUUGCACGGCAGCCAUGUUCGCCGUGGCCCUUAUCGUCCAAAGAGAAACCUACCCACCCAUUCUACUGGAGAGAAAAGCCAAGCGACUCCGAAAGGAAACAGGCAACGACAAACUCCGGUCGGCGCUUCAGUCUUCCAGGACAGCCUCACAAUUGUUUUUCCUGAGCGUGAUCCGCCCAACCAAAAUGCUGUUUCUUUCACCAAUCAUAUUUUGUCUCUCCCUAUACAUCGCGGUCGUGUAUGGAUAUCUUUAUCUGUUGUUCACAACGAUGACGUCCAUCUUCCGUGAUCAAUACGGUAUCAGUGCAAGUAAUGUGGGCCUUGUCUUUUUGGGCAUCGGUCUCGGUCAGUUUAUCGGCCUGUUACUCUUCGGUGCAUAUUCCGAUAAACUGCUGAAGAAGUUGGCCAAAGGUGGCGAGAUGAAGCCUGAGUACCGGUUGCCAUUGCUUUGGCCUGGCGCGAUCGCCGUGCCUAUUGGUCUUCUUGUGUACGGCUGGACUGCCCAGUACAAGGUGCAUUGGAUAGUUCCGAUCCUGGGGACGGUUCUGCUUGGAGGAGGGAUGGUCGGGACAUUUAUGUCAUUGUCGAUAUACCUGGUUGACGCGUACACGCUUUAUGCAGCCAGCGCGAUGGCGGCUAACACGGUUCUUCGCAGCCUUGGGGGCGCAUUUCUCCCUCUAGCGGGACCAGCCAUGUACAAUUCCCUUGGGCUCGGAUGGGGCAACAGCUUACUUGCAUUCAUAUCGUUGGGCAUGUCGCCGAUGAUAUGGGUCUUCUUGAAGUACGGCGAGAGGAUCAGGACCCAUCCGAAGUUCCAGUUGAACCUUUGA